AUGAUGGCAUCCACCGACUCCUUCAUCCUGCACGACGACGUCUCCCCUUCCUCUGAUAACGACGAAAUCGACUCCCUGCCUUCAAUAUCCAGUAGUAUUCUGGACUCUGAGGACGAAUCAGACGCCCAGGAGGAAUGGGAGCGGAGUCUGGAGCAGGUCCAGCUUCUCUUGACCAUGGUCAUCGUACCCUUUGCUGGCAAAUACUUUGGUCGCAAGUUUGCAUACUGGAGUUGGUCACGAUACAUGGAAUGGAUGCAUAACGUCGAGGUGCGGUGGACGAACAAGGGCGCCUUCAAAGCCGCCGGCGUAGCGGAGGCAGCAGCAACAUUAUAG